UUUAUUUCGGAGGUGAAUAAAAGGGAAUUUGAAAUUAAACAGACUAUUAGAUGUACUACAAAAAAUGUUAUAUACUGUUUACAAUGCCCGUGCAAUCUGCAAUAUAUAGGAAAAACGAACAGGACACUAAAGGAAAGGAUUAGAGAGCACGUUAAUAAUAUAAAAAAAGGAAAUGAAAAACAUAAUGUGUCCAAACAUUUUAAAGAUGUUCAUAAUAUGAACCCUGCAGGAUUAACAUUUUGGGGUAUAGAAGAGGUUCGAAACAGAUGGAGAGGAGGAGAUCUAGAAAAGAUGACCCUACAGUGUGAGAGUAGAUGGAUCUAUAAGUUAGAAACCUUUAUACCGAAAGGAUUGAAUGUGGACAUCAAUCUAAGGGCAUUUUUAUAAGAUUACUCUUUACAAGUUAUAUCUGGACUGUAUAUUAAAUUAUAGUUUGUAUAUAUAUGUACAUGCUUUGCACAUUUUUGAAAAAAUUUUUUUACCAUUUGUUAUUUAUUUUUUAUUUGAUAUCGCUUAUUUUUUAUCGUUUUUUAUAUCAUCAUUUGUAUGUAUGUUAGAUAUAAUUAUAUAUGUAUGUUUAUUUGAUGAAUUGCUCCACACAAUACCCCCAAAUAUCUGCAAAAUUGAUAUGAUAAAUGCGUGUCUAAGAACGGGUUGUCAUGGGAACAAACACAGGAAGCUAACCUCUAACAAGCCGUCGAGGCGUCACUAUGGAGACGCACAAACAAAGAAAAACAGGAAGUGGAUAUGAGGUCAAUUCACCAUGGAGACGCACAAACAAAGGAAAUAGGAAGCGGAUAUGAGGUCAACCCACCAGGAGGAACAUCGGCAUAAGAGGAGCACAUGCAGUGAGAUCUUUGGAAGCCCUUGAGAAAGUCGUAUAAGACGAAACGCGUCGGGCAGAUACGUCAUCAGUAGGAGCCCAGGGAACACGAGGCGGAAAGACGCCGGCCAAAUACCAUCUUUACAAACCGCAUGUGAGACCCAGGGAACCAGAGAGACGGGCUGUCACAGAGCCAGUAUGAGCGACGAGAACAAGGAGUGGGCAAUCCUGAGCCCGGAGGACUUCACCCAACUGCAGAAGUACAUUGAUUACAGCACCAAGAAGGUUAAAGAUGUUCAGCAAGAGUUCUAUGGGGAUGGUACAUCGUGCCCUCGCUUGGUUGAAGAGACAAUAGAUUUUAAAGAAUUCAAGUCUUUCUUGAAAACAUACCUGGAAGUAGAUGACAUUCCCAACAAUCUAUGUCAGUGUCUCUUCAUGUCUUUUCAAACACCUGAGAGCAAAGAAAAUGGAGAGGAUGAGAUAGAAGGCAUAACAGGUAGUGGUCGUAUCAGUCUAAAUGACGUGUCCUGUUAUUUCUCUUUGCUGGAAAGUGGCACUGCUGAGGAUAAACUGGCAUUCACCUUUAAAUUGUAUGAUAAAGACAGCAAUGGUCUUCUGGACAGCUCUGAGGUAGACAGGAUUAUAACACAAAUGAUGCGUGUGGCUGAAUACCUGGACUGGGACAUCACAGAACUCAAACCUAUGUUAGAAGAGAUGAUGAGACAAGUGGACUAUGAUGGCAACGGAAUAGUCUCCUAUGAAGAAUGGGUUAAAGGAGGACUCACAACAGUGCCUCUGCUGGUGCUUUUAGGAAUGGAAGUUAAUAUAAAAGAUGAUGGGCAGCACCUGUGGCGCCUGAAGCAUUUUAACCGCCCCGUGUAUUGCAAUGUGUGUGAAGCUUUACUUUUCGGGGUCAGAAAGCAAGGCCUCUGUUGCACCUUUUGUAAGUUCACUGUUCAUGAACGCUGUGCCCGCAAAGCACCUAAUUCCUGCAUAAGCACAUAUGCCAAAUCACGCAAGGAUUUCUGCGAACAGGCCCACGUUUGGGUAAGAGGAGGAUGUGAGGCCAGCAAAUGUGACAAAUGCCAAAAGAAAAUAAAAAGUUUCCAGAGCCUGACUGGGCAGCGUUGUGUGUGGUGUCAUACAAAUGUUCAUGAUGAGUGUGCCUCAUCCCCACUGUGUGAUAGGGGAAUCUUAAAGGACCAUAUAUUACCUCCUGCUUGCAUAUACCCAGUAAUCCUGGAACGACAGAAUAGCCAAAAAAACCUUUUAGCUUCUUCAGAAGAAACAUCACAGACAUUUAGUACCCCAGAAGGACAAGCCCUGCGGAUUGCCCCAUUACCAGGUACUCACCCUUUACUUGUCUUUGUAAACCUAAAGAGUGGAGGGAAACAGGGAGAAAGAGUUCUGAGGAAAUUCCAGUAUCUUCUGAAUCCCAGACAAGUCUAUAACUUGAAAAAGGGGGGCCCUUCCCCAGGGCUGACUUUUUUCCGGGAUGUCCCAGACUAUCGAAUUUUAGUAUGCGGUGGUGAUGGAACAGUCGGAUGGAUACUGGAUGCAAUUGACAAGGCAAACCUUCCAUAUAGACCACCUGUAGCUGUGCUGCCACUCGGUACAGGAAAUGACCUUGCACGAUGUCUCAGCUGGGGAGGCGGUUAUGAUGGAGAGAAUCUAAUUAAGUUCUUGAAGGAUAUUGAAAAGAGUAUACCUAUUAAGAUGGACAGAUGGAACAUUGAGGUUAUACCUGAAAACCCAAAUGAGAAAGGAGACCCAGUUCCUUACGAGAUCAUAAACAACUACUUUUCCAUUGGGGUGGAUGCAUCUAUAGCUCACAGAUUUCACAAUAUGAGGGAAAAAUAUCCAGAGAAAUUCAAUAGCAGAAUGAAGAACAAAUUGUGGUAUUUUGAGUUUGCUACAUCAGAGACUGUUUUCUCUACCUGUAAAAAGCUUAAAGCGGCUGUCACAAUUGAGUGUUGUGGCUCCCUGUUGGAUCUCAGCUCCCUGGAAGGCAUUGCAGUUAUAAAUAUUCCAAGCAUGCAUGGAGGUUCCAACCUAUGGGGAGAGACUAAGAAACAUUGGGGAGAACCUCGGAAUGCUUCAUGUCAUAAUGCCCCUGAAGCCAUCACUGACCCUGAUGCUUUGAAAUCAUGUGUACAAGACCUCAGUGACAAGAGACUGGAGGUGGUGGGACUUGAGAGUGCGAUUGAGAUGGGGCAAAUUUAUACUGGACUGAAAAGUGCAGGCAAACGACUUGCAAUGUGUUCUGGGCUGACAAUAAGGACCACAAAGCCCCUCCCAAUGCAAAUUGAUGGUGAGCCCUGGAUGCAGCCACCCUGUACGAUAAAAAUCACACAUAAGAAUCAAGCACCGAUGCUGCGAGCUCCUGCACCCCGUUCUUCAAGCUUCUUUUCCCUCAACCAAUAGAUUUUCAGUGGAGAGGCCUUGGUAGCACAAGAGAAGUCAUUCAGAAGAGCUUCAGACUUGUGGUAACCAGAAACUCUACCUUAGAAAGAAGCUGCAACUCUGGACAACAUUCUAACCACUUCAAGAACCAACUGUCACAUUUUUUUCUGGCUUCAAAGAACACUCUUCAAAACAUGUCCUCCUUUUGUCAUUAGUGGAUAAGUAAAAUAAAGUCAUCAAGAUAUC